GUUAAAGUUGUUCUAUUCAAUGUGUGAUUGCUUUGUACUAAUUCUGACAAUAAAAAAGCACUGACUAUCGUUCGAGCGAUUCAGUUUGAGGGCGUCCGCGUUGUAGCACUAUUUAGUUGGAAACAUAUAAUUUCUAAGGAUAAGUUAAAAAAGGACCUUCCGCAAUAUGAAUUCACAGUGUAUUGUAGUUAUAUUAUGCCUUUUGGCCUAUCAAGCUUAUGCAGUGCCCGCGGAAACCAAAUACUUGGAUGCAUCUGAGUUUGAGAAAUGUCCGGAGGAUACUAAUGCAGCUGGCGAUUGUAUAGCAAAGAUUAUAAAUACGCUUCUACCACGAUUACGGCAUGGAGAUCCAGAAUUGAAUAUUCCGGCGUAUGAUCCUUUUCUUAUCGAUAAAUUGAGUUUCCAGUACUCGAGUGGAGCUGUUAAUGGCCGCAUAUCCGUACGGAAUGUCAAGCUUUACGGCAUUGUUGGGAUAAAAAUUCAAAAAAUAGAUGUCAAGAGGAAUAAUAAUAAGAUCCAGCUACGAAUUUAUAGCCACCAGCCCAAAAUUAACAUCCUUGGUGACUACAAGGCGGACAUGCACGUGAAUCAACUGCAGUUGAAGCCCAAAGGAAAAUUCAAUUUGACCUUAUUUGAUGUGCAGAGCACUGUGAACACAGAAGGCGAAAUUUAUACCAAGGAUGAUGGAAAGAGGUUUUUGCGACUUACCGACAUUGAAGCGAAUCCAAAGAUUGGCGAUAUGAUCAUCAAAGCCAAUGGCAUCUUCCCAGACCCUGAGUUGGAUGAAAUUGCAUUGAAUGUGGCCAACAAUUACUGGCGCGACAUCUACGGCAUAAUUUUGCCCGAAACUCGAAAGUCUUGGGUUCCACUUCUGCUGCGUUUGAUCAACCAGGCUUUGCUGAAGGUCCCCAUCGAUGAGUUCACUAGUAGAUCGGAUUAACCUACAAGCCCAAAACAAAAUCUUUGUCAUUUAUUGUGAUUGUCUUUAGUAAAUAUUUUUAUACUAUACAAUACAAAUUUCUCAAUUAAAACGGAUUUCGCACCCGUAAUUAUAUUGUCA